AUGGCCGCAUACAAUAGUAGGGCAUACAACAGCACGAAAAGACGAGCCAGGUCAUCUCUGGCAGGUGCUCUGGAGUCGGAACGUCUUGAAUGGGUCGAAGACGAGCGUCUCGAAUCCGGCCCGUCGUCUAACCGAAGGCCCCCAGCCCAAGCGGCCCCAUUGCGGAGCCAGCUCGACACUGCUCCAUCUCCUGAUAUAUUGCCUCCGCGCCAUGGAUCCAUCGCCGGUAUUGGGGUUGGUGUGACUUCUCCUUCUAAUAAUCGUCGCAGCUGGGCAGGUCCUGUUUCGGAAUCUGCAUCGCCGUCGGGCUCUGCUGCUCCAGGGACUGCAACAUCGUACGCUUCUUUGAAGAGAUUUCCCGGUGAAUCAGAACCGUCACCAGCUCGCAGGGCUUCGGACAAUUCGGAUCAGAUCUCGAUCGGAAAGAAAAAAUUUGUAGACCGAAAUAAACUCGACAAUAACGAGAUGCCGGUGCUACCGAAGCGUACUAUACAAAUUCAGUUACCGGAGAAGCCUCCGAGGGAACCCAACCACCACAAGCAGAGCAAGAGCACCAUGGCUGCGAUGAUGUCGGGAUUUGACUUGAAAGUCAGCCUCCCAAGUUUUGCCAGAGGAAGGACGCCCGGACGACAGAGCUCGUCCCGGGGGGCGUCACUCGACUCUCGAGUUCCCCAACGACGUGCUCGGUCCGGCUCCCAGAAUCGCUGGCUCGGCUCCAAUCCGCUGAACCUUUCAUCCUCAAAGCCGAGCAAGCCGGCGGCGCCCAAGGAAAAAUCAUCCCCCAUGAACAACGCCCAUCCCAAUCACUCGGAUUCCGCCCUUCCGCAGUCGGUCGGCACUGGCACCAGUGUGACCUCGCCCCCUAAGGAGAGCGAAUCUCCAGAACCGGACAUUAACACCGCUACAUCAUCCACUGGGGAUGAGCGCUUGGCCAAAGAUUUGUAUGAUAGCGAGAACAACCCAAUGGACAGCAGCGAAGAUGAACCCGAUGAGUCGUCGUCGAGUGAUGACGACAGCGAUGGUGAGAUCGAGCGUGGCCGAAAGAAGGCUCCGAAUGCAAGCGAUCAAGCGCCGCCUCUAGGGCAGGUAGACGGUGCUACGGAUGAGCACGACCAAGUGAUUGAGGAGAAGUUGAGAGCAACGUCUCUCUCAGAUCAAAAGCCUACCCUGGUGCACUCUGCAAAGCAGGGCCCGCAUAUGCUUGAUGUUCAUCCUCGGACGAGCUUUGAUCCUGGCUCCGGCCUCAGUACGCCAUUUGGAUCCGACGACGAAGCGGAAUUGUCGGAUAUCAAGCGAGCGCAGAAACUCACCAUGCAAAUGUCCGCUAUUGACACUUCCGUUCCCAACCGAUCGAUUAGAACCAUCAUUCGAGGCGAUUACGCCCGACUACAGGAAGAGGGCGAGGGCGGACGUCGCCGGCAGCGCAAGUAUCUAGUAGCCACUGACCUCAGCGAAGAGUCUGUUUACGCCCUGGAGUGGACAAUCGGUACUAUUCUCAGGGACGGAGACACCAUGUUUGCUGUCUGUGCAGUAAACGAGGAGCUGAGCAUUCCCUUCGCUCCGUCGGUACAGAUCGGAGAGGGCGCCCAAGCAAUGCAGGACUCAGCAGCCAUUGUUGGUUCCCAGACGGAAGAAACUGUCUUUAAGUCGCAGAAUGAUUCGAUCACCAGUAACUUGCCUCGUGCCUUGUUGGGUCGUCUAGGACAGGGUACGGACAGCAAACCAAGCUCUGUCGAUGCCCGGGGUGUGCCCAAAGGCCAAGGAGAGAGAAACCGUGCGGUGGAGAUUAUUUCGCAGACCUGUGUCCGUUUGCUCAGAAAGACCCUUUUGCAAGUCCGAGUUGCCGUCGAGGUGAUUCACUGCAAGAGCCCAAAACAUAUGAUCACAGAGGCUAUUGACGGUCUCGAGCCUACGCUUGUUAUUGUGGGAGCUAGGGGCCGAAGCGCUCUGAAAGGUGUUCUCCUUGGAUCGUUCUCCAACUACUUGGUCAUGAACUCAUCUGUCCCGGUCAUGGUGGCACGCAAGAAAUUACGAAAGCAGACAAAGAACAAGAAGACAAAUGUUCGCCUUUCCAACAAUCUUGCAACACCAAAGAAGCUAGCUUUUGCCAAGGUCGAUUAG